AUGGGUACGAAGAACCCCGCGAAUGCCAUGCGACGUAUGGAGGACUUCACUCUCCAGACUGCUGAUGGUGGAGAGUACCUGGGUCGUGUCAAGUGCCCUGUCAUGGUCACAGGUGCCGCGGCGUCCAUUUACGCGACAGAGGACCCCAGUGCAAACAAGGUGUGCAACCGGUUGCAGCAUCCUCCCGUCGAGCAGAAGCAUCUGUGGGUUGGCAAGGAGGUGUCCGACGGAAGGCUUCAAGCCAAGCUGGGAAUCUUUGGCUGCGUGGAUAUGACGGAGGUACAAAGUGACAUGGGAAAUGUGCACCAGAUAAUUAAAUUGGUAUAA